UGGUACGCUCCGCCGGCGGGGCCGUGUUCCCGCCUUCGGGGGAGCGCGCGGGUUCCCUCAGGUGCCUGUGAGGGCCCGGGGGGAUUGUGGGGAGCCGGAAAACGACGGGAAUGUUUGAAACGCCUCCUAUUGAAUAGUAACUACAUUUAGUUGAGAAAAAAAUGAAUCGCAGUGAUGAAGAAACGAUGAAAAAAAACAGUGUGGUGAACCUUGAUAAACUUUUAGAUGACUUCUCAGAGAUAGAAAAGAAAAUAUCAGAAAUUAAUGAAGCAAACAACCUACUGAUUCAUCAGCUGGAAAAAUGUAACAGGUUGCUAACAUUAAGCCAAUCAAAGGAGGAAUCAAUAAAAGAAGAAUGCACUACUUUACAGAAUGUGAUAAGUGGUCUAACACAAACCAUUGAAAGCCAGUGUAAUGUCAAAGAUGAAAAUGAUAGACUGAAGGAUACCAUUCACACCUUGGAAGAUAAAUUAAAGGCUUCUGAAGAGGAAUAUAAAGAUCAGAUAGAGAAACUCAUGAAAGAAAUUAAAAACAAAGAGGACGACCAUAAAUUAGAAAUAACACAGUUGAAUUGCGAUAUAAGGAAAAAAUUUGAAGUAAAAGAAAUGGAGUAUAGAGAAGAGAGAGAGAAAAAAGAACUGGAAAUACUAGAGCUAACGAGACAGCUGAAAAUUCAAAAUGAAGAGAAGCAAAAUGAAAUAAUUAAACUGCAGAUAGAGUUCAAUGCUAAAUUAGCAAGAGCUCAGGAUAAAACCACCAAGUCAUUUUCAGAUGCUUCUGUCUUGCCACAAAGUAUCUAUCGAAGGAAGCUGCAGCAUCUCCAGGAGGAGAAAAACAAGGAAAUUGAAUUUCUCCGAAACACCAUAAAAGACUUAGAACAACGUCUUCAUAAAGGCCAAGACUUGCACUUAAAACGGAAGCGAUUUUGAGUAAAUGACAUGAAGUAUUUCAGUAGUACAUACAAUGCAAAAUACAGACAGUGUAUUUAAACUGUGUAUCUCAAAGUCAAAACAAUAUAUGAAGAUAGUAUUUUUUAUUGAAAACACUCUUGUCAAAUAUUCCAAAGGCAUGCACUCUGUGUA